AUUCUAUUCUAUUCUAUUCUAUUCUAAUUAUUCUAUUCUAUUCUAUUCUAUUCUAUUCUAUUCUAUUCUAUUCUUCAUGUUAAAUUUAUGUCCUAGGUUCUCAUGGAUAAUUUCUCUGUGAUUUUUCUGUGCAUAGUUUGCCUCUAAUAUGACCUCCAGUUCUACCUGAGUCAAUGUUCUGUGUUAUGUCAUUCAUUUCUUCAAGUGUAAUUCCUUCUCCAUGAACUGUAAGAGCCAACGUUUCUGCGUGUCGUGAUACAGUUAUUUUCUUUCAGCACUCUAAGUAUAUACUCCCAUGCUCACCUGUUUGUAGGAAUGCUGACAGGACCUUUGGUAUCAUUGUAGUAUUGGGGUCUUUUAUCUGGUUCAGUAUUGUCCAUAACAGUUAUAUUAACUGUAGGUUUGUGUUUUUCACACCUUGAUUUAGAAUGUCAACAAGAGUUUUCGCUUUUGCUCCCGAGACAGAAAUUCAGAGAAUAGCAACAAAGGGAAUGGCUGCAUCUCCAGUAAAUGCUCACCAGGAAAGCAUUUUUUUCUUGAAAAACAUGGGAAAUGGAUAAUUUUCCAUUACAGGGUCUGUUGACAUUCAGGGAUGUGGUUGUAGACUUUACCCAACAGGAAUGGGAAUGUCUGGAGUCUUCUUGGAGGGCUUUAUACAUUGAUGUGAUGCUGGAGAAUUACAACAAUCUAGUCUUUGUAGGCAUCAAUAUCACCCCUAUUUGUGGUCUUUUUCCUGAGAAACAUCGCACAUGUAGAAAAAAUGAAAAGUUCUUAGAUCAAGACUCAAAGCACAUUGCCUAUCAGUCUGUGAAUAUCCAAAAGAAGCCUAAUAAAUGUAAUAAACUUGGCAAAAUUGUACAUGAAUCAUCCCAACGUACACUUUAUAACACAAAUGAUACUACAGAAAACUGCAACGAAUAUGAUUGUGGCUACCACAUGGAUGCUUCUGUUGAAUUAUCAAACCAUAAAAGUGUGAACAGUGGAGAAAAACCUUGUAAAUAUAAAGACUGUGGAAAACGUACCAACACUAGUCAAAAUCACAGAAAGCACACUGGAAAGAAAGAACACAAAAAUACAGAGUAUGAUGUAUCAUUCGACUCUAAACAUAAACUCACACUCAAACGAUUCCAUAGUAGAGAGAAAAAACACCAAUGUAGGACAUGUGGACAAUGCUUGCUGACCCACUCGAGCCUCAAUAGACAACAGAGAAAUCAUUCUGGAUCAAAAUCCUACAAUUGUGAACUAUGUGGCAAUUGCUUUUCUCAGUUGUAUCAGGUUAAAAAACAUUUCAAAACCCAUACUGGAGAGAAACCUUACAAAUAUAGUGAUUGUAUAAAUUCCUUCACCAGUGUCUCAUGUCUUAUUAAUCAUCAAAGAAUUCACACAGGAGAAAAAACUUACAAAUGCAGAGAAUGUGAGAAAUCUUUUACAUGUAGCUCACAUCUUAGAAGACAUCAGAGACUUCAUACAGGAGAAAAACCUUACAAAUGUAGAGAAUGUGGUAAAUCCUUUACUUGUGGCUCAACUCUUAGAGAACAUCAGAGAAUCCAUACAGGAGAGAAACCAUACAAAUGUAAUGAGUGUGAGAAAUCAUAUAAACAUGGCUCAAGUCUUAGAACACAUCAAAAAAUUCACACAGGAGACAAACCUUACAAAUGUAGUGAAUGUGAGAAAUCUUUUACAUGUGGUUCAAUAUUCAGAAACCAUCAGAGAUUUCAUACAGGAGAAAUUCCUUAUAAAUGUAGUGAAUGUGAGAAAUCUUUUACAUGUAUCUCAACACUUAGAAACCAUCAAAGAUUUCAUAGAGAAGAAAUUCCUUACAAAUGUAGUGAAUGUGAGAAAUCCUUUAUAUCUGUCUCAAAUCUUAGAAGACAUUACAGGAUACAUACAGGUCAAAAACCUUAUAAAUGUAAUGAAUGUGAGAAAUCAUUUCCAUUUGUCUCAACUCUUAAAAAACAUCAAAACACUCAUACAGGUGAGAAACCAUAUAAAUGUAAAGAAUGUGAGAAAUCCUUUACAUAUAGUUCACAUCUUAGAAGACACAAGAGAAUUCAUACAGGAGAAAAACCUUACAUAUGUAGUGACUGUGACAAAGUCUUUACUCGUCUCUCAGGUCUAAGGGAACAUAAAAAAAUUCACACGAGAGAAAAUUUUCAACAGUAAAUAAUAUAGCAUACGUUUUAUUCAAAGCUCUGUUGUAGAGACCACUGCAGGCUUCAUUGUAGAUAAUAAUUAUGAACAUGAGAAACCAUGAAAGUCUUAGAUAAUAUCAAAAAUUUUAUAUUGAGUGAUAUUGUGAACAUUGGACUACCUAGGAAAUUUUCUUAAAAUAUCUUACUAUUUUAGCUUUAAAUAUUGCACAAUGAACAGAAAAUAUAGAGGCAUAAAUAAUGGCUUGUGUUUGCAGCCAUUUCCUCAAGACUGAAACAUUUCAACUGGAGAGGAACCUGAGUAAAUGGGUAAAAAUAAAUAACUUUGAGAAAUAUUAGAAAGUGAAAGAAUUCUCUCUGCUUAACUCACAUGAAGAAACUUCAACAAAGUCAUGCUGCUUAGAUGAGGCUCUGACAAACUUGGUGACAAAAGGUCACCAAGAAAGGAUGUCCUUCAACCUGUGGAUAUGCCUGCAAGUGUGCAGUGUGCUAUGGCUGUCCAGUUGUCCUAAGCUGUAUCCCAUGAAGCUUUGGAGUUAGUUACAUUAUGGAAACUCUGUGAGUCCCUUUUCCCCACAUAUUCCUGUAACUAACCUGAAUAAAGCUCAUUGAUUCAACAAGA